AUGAUUUUGCGGGCGAUUUGGGCUUUACUGGUAAUGACAAUUUUAAUUACAACUGCUGAUUUUUGUGGCAAUAAUCGUAUUCCUUUUGGAAUUGAAGUACACAAAGACGGUCAUCUCACUUUGCUGUGUUCUCGACCUAACUGUCAUGAAAAGAAAUAUGCAGAAUGCCCAGAACGAGCUGAAUCGACGUCCUGUUCCAGCAAUACGUCAUGGGUCGGUGGGCUACAGAAAACCAUCGAUGAUCAACUUCUUCUUCAAUGUUGCGAAUACGAUCUGAUGGAAAAGUAUGGGCAGUUGAUAUUCAGCAAUGUAGUCGUUCGACGGGGUGAAUUUUUCGAAGCCGAGGAACGGUACGAUAAAAAUGAUGAGGAUGUUAUACACUUCGACUUGAUCUCUAACAUUCAACGAGGUGAAGACGACAAAGGGGAAUACUACUCAUUGACAGUCUACCGGUACUUCUGUGGAAAAAUUCCCGACACGCCACCUUUGUGGUACUUGAAGAAGAAUUGGCCAUACUGGAAUGAAGAGAAACACCAAGAUUCCUAG